ACACAGGCACUUUGCAACCCCAACAAUUGUCUCUCCCUCUCUCUCUGUCGUUCUUACACAAACAGCAAAGAAAAAUGGAGCUGCAAGAAACCCAGAGUAAGAACAAAAAUGGCCAAACCUCUACACCAGACCCAAAAACAGACCUUGGAAACCCUUACAAUGGCAAAACUUUAGAAACCCAUUACUUUACUGAAGACUUUGACAGUGCUUGUUCCACACCUUAUGUUAGCGCGCCUUCUAGCCCGGGUCGACCCGGAUCGGGACCCGUUAACGGCGGGUUCUUUUAUAGUUGUCCGGCAAGUCCAAGGCAUUUCGCAAUGACAUCAGCGGAAAAGGCAAUGGCGAAUUUUGCUUCUUCGCCUGAUAAUAGUGUCGCUAUUGGUUAUGAGUUUGAAUUCUCUGCACGGUUUGGCUCGACCGGGUCGGGUCAACCCGGAUCCAUGAGUUCAGCUGAUGAGCUUUUCCUGAAUGGUCAGAUCCGCCCCAUGAAGUUGUCUUCUCAUUUGCAGAGACCCCAGGUGUUAGCUCCUUUGAUGGAUCUUGAAAAUGAAGAGGAAGAUGGAGAUAGUAGUAAUGAAGAUGAAUUCAUGAAGGGUUGGAGAAAGGUUGGUGCUCAUGGUGAAAGUAUGUCGAGAGGAAGAGAUCUGAGGUUAAAGAACAAAUCUUUACGUAGAAGAACAAGAUCCAUGUCACCAUUGAGAAGCACUUCUUUUGAGUUUGAAGAUUAUGGUGAAGAAAACAAGAACGUAAUUGAUGGGUCUAUUACUUCUUUGGAAGUUAAUGAUGAAAGUCUCAAGCUUGAUGAGGCUACAACUAGUGGUGGCACUGAUACUCCUCCAGCUUCUGCAUCAUCUUCAAGGUCAUCAUCAGCUGGAAGGAACUCAAAAAAAUGGGUUUUUUUGAAAGAUCUUCUUUAUAGAAGCAAGAGUGAAGGGAGGAGCAACAACAAGUUUUGGUCUAACUUUUCCUUCUCACCGGUCAAGGAGAAGAGUAAGAAACAAAGUACUGGUGUCCAACUUGGUGUGUCAAAAGAGAAGGCUAGCAGCAGCAGCAGCACCAACAAUAGUAGGUCUAAUGUUGGUAGUGAGAGUCAGAAAGUGAAGGGAAAUAGUGGGCAUGGCUCUUCUUCUUCUUCAGGGAAGAAGCCAAUGAAUGGAAUAGGCAAGAGGAGAGUACCAGCAUCACCACAUGAGUUACAUUAUAAGGCAAGUAAAGCACAAGCUGAGGAGAUGAGAAAGAAGACAUUUUUGCCUUACAGACAAGGUUUACUGGGGUGUUUAGGGUUCAGUUCAAAGGGUUAUGGAGCUAUGAAUGGAUUUGCUAGAGCUUUGAAUCCUGUUUCAUCCAGGUAAUUAAGUAAUCAAAUGUGUUAAAAGGAACUUGUAUAUACAUUUUAUGAUUUUUUUUUUAAUUUACUUUCCUUUCUGUUAAAUCUUGUUGUAUUUUUAUGUAUUUAUUGAUGGAUAUUCUUCUCUUUUAGCUUAAAAGAGAAGUUUGUCCCUGAUCUAUGUAUUUUGUACUUUCUCUCAUAGGGUGUUUUAAGCCUAGAGAAAGAUCAAUAUCACUUUCUACCAGUAAUUACUUCCC